AAAUCCCCCACAAAAUUGGUGGAUACUGAAAGUUUAGGGAAAUUGCGUGCCGACGAUUCUUUUUCGAGUGAUCGUAGUCUGGCAGUUGUUUCAAAUCAUGCUUUUUCUGAUAAUAUCAAAUUUAUAUUAUUGUCAUUAAUGCAACUCGUACAUUGUUACUAAUACUUCUAUUGAGAUGGCGACUGUGGCGACAGAAUGUGGUGAAAAGUUGGAAAAAGAUUCAUCGUCGCCAGAAUUGGACGAGGGAGAACCUCCCAUCAAGAGAAGAUGUGGCCCUGGCCGUCCAAAAGGGAGCAAAAAUCGGUGCAUCAGUGAUAGUGUAACCAAAGAUUUGCCACCAAGAUCAUGUCGUCGCCAGUCGGUGCCAAAUGAAGUGAUCAUCCCAGCUCCUCCGGCGCGAUGUUUGAAGUUUCUGUCGACUGAUUGGACGCUGACCGAGAGGCAGAAAUUACUAUCUGGUCUGAGAAUCCACAACUUUAACAAUAUCGAAGAACUUUCCAAAUGUGUUGGGACCAAGUCGGAAGAAGAGGUUGAGUGGUUUAUUCAAAACCUGAAAAUAAGAGAGAGACUGAUGUCAAAGGAAGAGGAGUUACCCGGCAAGAAUACAGCUCCAAUUGAGCAUUGGUUAAAAACGUGUGAAGACAUUGUCAGAUCCGAGACAGACCAUUCGCUCAUCUUGGGAUCCGUCAUGGCUGUGGCAGGGGAGCUUGAACCCCAUCAUCCACCGUAUGAUCCAAAAACUCAGCCAGAUUACACCAAGAUCUAUGACUACCUGGCGCGAUUGCUGCACAGGGGUCCUGCACCUGAGCUCUCUCCCAUUGAUAGUGCCAUUGUCCUUGACCUUCUUCAGAACACCGUCGACCUCCUCAGACACACAGACAUCCAUCGCGAGCAAGAGAUGUUGAAGAAGAUGUAUCUUCAUCUCAACAAUAAGAAGAAUCAGAGAUCGGCCGAGCAGAGAAGCACGCUCAAUAUGAGUGCAGAGCCCAAUAGUCCUGAUGCAGGUGAGGAAGGUCAGCAAGUGGGCACCUCAAGAAACAAUCGAGGGGAGACUUCUGCUGGAAAUAAUACGGAUACGCCUAGUACGUCUCGUGAGGAAAGUCCAAGUUCGAACGCAGUAGUUGCUGGACCAUGUUCGAGUAGGGAUGGGUCAGAAAAUAGACUAGAUCCGCUGUUAGCAAAUAUAGACCAAUCCCGUCGAGAGUCCAGGACUAGCAGGCCAAGAAAGAGCACUGAUGCAUCAGGUGGUAAACCAGUGUCGCAGGAAUCAACCAUGGAGCCUGGUAGUAGUACAGGGAGUCAGUUACAGGGACAGGGAAGGGAUGGUAGUACAGGGAGUCAGUUACAGGGACAGGGAAGGGAUGGUAGUACAGGGAGUCCGUUACAGGGACAGGGAAGGGAUGGUAGUACAGGGAGUCAGUUACAGGGAGAGGGAAGGGAUGGUAGUACAGGGAGUCAGUUACAGGGACAGGGAAGGGAUGGUAGUACAGGGAGUCAGGGACAGGGACAGGGAAGGGAUGGUCCUAAAGCGGGCAAGCUUGUAUCUAUUAAUCCGUUUUCUAUCCAGGUGAAAUAUCUAAAACUCGGUAACAUUCAGAAGGAGGAUCCAAGGUAAAAAGAACUGCUGUGCAAUAUCUGGUCGACUCAUUUUGUGUUUCCUACACUAAAAUUGUCGGGUUCGAAAACGACAGAUUGUAACCUUCAAAGUCUGCGCUUUGUCACUUGUGUUCAUCAGUGAAAGUACCUGUGAUCCAAUGUACUGGAAAGUGUGUAUCACUAAACCUCACUGCAGGUGGAUUGCACAGAUCUUAAGACGAGCGUAG